UGUUCUUAAAUUAGAGACAUUGUUGGUGACAAAGGCAAAGAACACUACGAGACAGAGAGUAUGGACGUAUGUGGAAGUCGAAACAGAAAACAGGGCAAAUUCCAUGAUUACAUUUACUGCCGGUAUAAAAAGCAGCGUUGAAGCACUUAUUGCAGUAGAUGACAUCCGACUUGAUCUGGGAACUUGUCCUGAAACAGGGUCUUGUGAUUUUGAAGAAGACAAGUGUGCUUGGGUCGAUGGCAAGGGCGAUUACACCUGGGUGAGGAAAAGCGGAAAUUCAUUCAUAAAGGAUGAGAUCCGUCCAAGUAUUGAUAAAACGCUGGGAACAGGAGAUGGUUACUACGUUUUCAUUAAUACUAUAAACAAACAGCCUGGCAAACUGGCGAAUUUGGAAAGUGAACUCUUCCGUGCUACGGAUAAAGCUUUAUGUCUCAAUUUUUAUUACUACUUGAAAAGGAGGCAAGAAAACGGGACGUUGUUGGUCAUCAGAAAAGAUGAAAAUGGGACAGAAUCAAUAGUUUGGAGACUGCAAACUCCAGUGGGAAAUGGAUGGAUGAAGGGUUCUGUAGCCCUAAAGCCAACAGCCUCAAAAACUCGGUUUCAGGCAAUUUUCAGAGCUAUUCUUGGAUCUUCUGGUUUUUUCGCUAUUGAUGACAUUCGAAUUCGAGUUGGAGAGGCAUAUUGCCAUACUUCACCUUCCGGGGCAGAUCCUGGAUUUAAAAGUCUUCCUGAGGAAGGUACCAGCGUAUCUUCUAAUAUAUUUGAAAUCACUGAAAAUCAAGAUAUAGAAUCCCAGAAGCAACAGCCAGCAUUGCAUUCAUCAUCAAUUCUUAAGACUACAAGUUCAUAUUAUUCUUGGUUGAAUGAUCAGGGUGUUUCAAAACGGCGGAGAAAGGGAAGUCUGAAGAAGGUUAUGGAAAGAGUAUUUGACAAGAAUGUAAAUAAAAUUCUGCAAUUCGCAAAAGAAAUGGAAGAAAGGAAUUACCAAGAUAACAGAGAUUUUAGAGAAAAAAUUCUUGAGGCAGAAAAAGAAAAACAUCGGUUACUAAAAGCAAUUGCGAAAGCUUCGGAUAAAUAAAAGUUUUGGAAAUUCGAAUGUCAAUAGUUAAUAUAUUCACUUCUAUUUUAUCUGUUUUGAUAACGCUUAUAUUCAUAAUUAUCUAAAUGAAGUUAUAUAAAAAUAUUUCUGAAAAAUAAAUUACGUCUUUUAAAUUA